CAAAUUCACUCAUCCUCCUACAGCAGAGCAACAACACUAAAGCUAACUAGAGCUUGCAGCAAUGUCGACCUCGGCGGUGCUCUUCCUCCUCCUUGCUGUUUUCGCCGCCGGUGCCAGCGCGGCCACCUUCAACAUCAAGAACAACUGCGGCUCCACAAUAUGGCCGGCGGGCAUCCCGGUGGGUGGGGGCUUCGAGCUGGGCUCAGGCCAGACGUCGAGCAUCAACGUGCCCGCCGGCACCCAAGCCGGAAGGAUAUGGGCACGCACCGGGUGCUCGUUCAAUGGCGGUAGCGGGAGCUGCCAGACCGGCGACUGCGGCGGCCAGCUCUCAUGCUCUCUCUCUGGGCAGCCACCAGCAACGCUGGCCGAGUUCACCAUCGGCGGCGGCAGCACCCAGGACUUCUACGACAUCUCGGUUAUCGACGGCUUCAACCUUGCCAUGGACUUCUCGUGCAGCACCGGCGACGCGCUCCAGUGUAGGGAUCCCAGCUGCCCGCCGCCGCAAGCCUACCAACACCCCAACGACGUCGCCACACACGCCUGCAGUGGCAAUAAUAACUACCAGAUCACCUUCUGCCCAUGAAGCCUCUUUACGUCGCACCGCCAACCAAUAAUAGGCGUAUGUGUGUGUAUAUAUAUAUAUAUAUAUAUAUAUAUAUAUAUAUAUAUAUAUAUAUAUGUGGUCAUAUAAAUAUAAAUAUAAAAAUAAAUAAGAGCCGUACUGCUUAAUACUCCCUCCGUUCCUAAAUACAGUAUAAAUCUUUUAAGAGAUUUUACUAGUGGACUACGUACAUAACAAAAUAAGUGAAUGUAUACUCUAAAGUAUGUCUAUAAACAUCUGUAUGUAGUUUCCUAGUAGAAUCUUUAAAUUCCAAAUUGUUUUUGGAUGAUAGAUAAUUUGAUGCGUGAAGUCCGCUUCAAUUUUUGUAUCA